ACCAGGGCGCCGAGUGGAAGUGCAACGGGUACAACUGCAGCAACACGCUGCGCGCGGACCAGGUGCGCCGCGUGCUCGGCGUGGUGCAGGCGGAGCAGGAGGCCGUGGACCAGUUCGAGAGCGGGGACGCGCUGGCGCUGGGGCCGGUCGAGGCGCGCGAGAAGCUCCUCAAGCAGUACAAGACCGUGUUCCACCCGCGACACGCGCUCCUGCUGCAGCUCAAGCACUCCCUCGCGCAGCUCUACGGCCGCGUGGAGGGCUACGCGCUCGACGACCUGCCGGACAUCCUGCUCGAGCGCAAGAUUGAGCUCUGCAGGGAGAUCUUGGCCGCGCUGGACGUGGUCGCCCCCGGCAUGUCCAGGAUCAGAGGCCUGACCCUCUACGAGCUCCACGUGCCCAUGAUCCUGCACGCGCGCAGCCACUUCCAGACCGACCAGCUGACCGAGGUCCAGCUGCGGCAGGACCUCUCCGCCGCCGCAAAGGUGCUGGCCGAGGCCGCAGACAUCCUCUGCCUCGAGGAUCCCACCACCCCGGAGGGCUCCGUCGGGGUCAUGGCCAAGGAGUCCCUGAUCCAACUACAGGCUUCCAUUGACUCCCUCCCACUUUAAGUAAAUAAUAACUUUCUUAAAAAGUG